AUGGAUAUGGUUGAUACUACAGUUGGACCUGUUCUCAGUUUGGAAAUCUACAGGGGAGAAUCACUACACAAAAUUCCUAAGAAAGCUGCAGUUCCAACUCCCUUGGCUGCCGUAUCUCCUGCUUCUCAAACGUCGACUACAUCCUCCGUCCAAAUGUCGGAACAUGCCCAGCAUCAGCAUACAACGGAAGAAAGUAUGUUUCAGAAGAAGAUUUCCAAACAGCAGAUGAGCCAGCAAUCAAAGUCUGUUCUCCAACAGCAGCAGCAACAACAGCAAGUAGCGAAAAGUAACAUAGUGUUGAAAAAUCAAGUCCAACCACAGCAGAAAGUUACUCAAAUUCAGCAAAGUUCACAAUGGCAGGAAACGAGUAGUCAGCAGCAGCAGCAGCAGAUUAUGCAGCAGCAACAAAAGUCUCAGCAGCAUCAACAAUUAAUGGCUGAGCAAAAGGAAUUGGCCCAGCAGCAAUUUGCUGAACAACAGAUGGCACGCAAGCAAUUGGCGCAGCAACGACAAAUGGCGCAAAAGAAAUAUAAUAUAUCUGAUCAACAAAGCAUGCAGAUGAUGCACAAUACAUCAUCUAGUGUUCAGCAAAACGAGUUAGUGCAGGAAGAUCAGACCACUAGUGUGAGCACUGCUCUUUGGACUUCUGGCCAGGCUUCCAGUUUGGAUGAGAAACAGACAGAAUUAGUACAUCACGCUUAUACAAGCGCUCCCAAGCCCUACAAGCCAAAAGUUGCCAGUCAUCUACCUUUACGUGAAUCUCCAUUCACUCCAACUAAACCUUCUCCACCUCCGUCAUCACCGUCCCCUGCAGCACCCAUUCCAGCUCCUGCCGAUGACAAAGAAAAUAUGGCCCCAUCACCAGUUCCGAAGCCUCAAGUUCCAGCCCCAAACGUUCCACAUUUUAACGUUACGAACCUAAAGAAUUUAGCCAAUCAAAGUUGGAAGGAAAUGGAUCGAGAAGAAUUGAAUAUUCCUAUUCCAGAUUAUUCGAAAAAAAUAAUGAUUCCUACUCGUCCAGCGAAGGAAUCGUCUCCACCAGUCGUGAAGAAAACUAUUAAGAUUCCUGACAUGACAAUCAAACCAGGUCCACCUGUUGCGCCAAAGCCGAAAAGGGUUUUGUCUGAAGUUCAACCUGAGCCAGAUAUACCGGAUAAUGUGUUAAUACCCAUUUAUAAUGAAGAUCGUCCUCAUCUGCCUGUAUUUGGACCCCCAGUCGUAUAUGGACUCAAUCCAGCUUUGGUACCCAAAAGGAGUACCAGCGUUGGCGAGGAAGAGAGUGUUGUGUCGGAAACAAGUUCGGGGUCACGAAGAAAUGAUCCAUAUUAUGAAGCCAAGAAACAGAACAUAUACUCGGAUUCCUCGUUCUACUAUGAUCCAAAAGGUGUCUACCCAACCAUAGAGGAACAGAUAAAAUUAUGUAAGAAGAUCUCUCAAUCGCUGACGGCAGCAGCCAAUAGCAAAGCGCGUGGCGCUACAAUGUUUGCUAAACGUCAGAAACGUUCCAUCAAAUGGAUACACGACGGCUAUUCUGACGGUAACGUGGCUGAUUUGGCAGAAUUAUCCAGUGAAUUGGAUCCAAGUGAAGGUGGCACCAAACCUCUUUUUCAAUUCCGCAUACCUAAAGUUGCACAUCAGGUUUCUGUAGAGAGCCCACCAAAAAUGAGUUUGUCACGUGAAGAAUUUGAAACUUUGAGAUUAGCAAAGCCCAAAGUUGAUCAUACCGCAGUCAAUCCAAACACCUGCAUGAAUAUUGUAGCUGAUCUGCAGAACAGUAAAGGUCGCGGUGCCAAGCUGUUCGCCAAACGUCAAGCCAGAUGCGAGAAAUGGGUUAUCGAUGAGAAAAAAGCUGCAUCGGCCCCGACAACUCCGUCCGAACCACCUACAAGUGCAUCUUCUCUGACCAUGAUGAAUUCCCAGAAUAGAUUAGCCAAUAUGAUAACAAAACCAAUGCCCAUUAUCCAGCCGAAGCCUGCCCCGAAACCUUCAGUUCCUGAUCCCCCCGUAAUGAAUAAACAUGUUGGUGUUCCAUUACCGACUGUCAAUGCCGAUCUUCAGGCGGAAUUCAAAAGUAAUUUUGUUGACGGACCGAAUUUCAACAGAAAGGCGAGGGGAUGGAAAGCAGCUCCAACUAUGCCACAGUCACGCCCUCCACGGGCUCAGUCUCUUCAACCAUCAUCAACUAAAGGCCCUCCUCCACCCGUUGCUCCCAAACCUGGCAAAUGCAUGAAAUCUAAUCCCAGACCCAAGUUAUCGAUGGGUGACGAACAGCUUCCUGUCCACUACCGCUCAUCUUCCGACCAGCUGCGACUUGUGUCCCCUGCUUGCCUGGCAGUGAUUUGUGAGAGGCGAAGAGAUAAUCUUGAAAAUUUUAUUACAUUUUUGCAAGCAUUCUCUUUCGCUAAAUGCUGCGUCAAAUUAAUAAAGCAAAGCAACCUUUCCAGAGAGUCUGAUGUGUAG